CUUUCAUUCCUCCUUACUGCUCCAUAUUCUCAUUUCUCUGUGGAUUCUUCGCUGUUUCCUUGUCUUACUGUCUCUCUCUCUCUCUCUCUCUCUCUCUCUCUCUACUUCCAGAAUUCUCUUCCUUAUCUGGGUUUGCUUUAUCUUGACCUGAAUUGGAUUUAAAUUGUUUUGGCAUGGCUACAUAUAAGCCAAAGAACAUCCUCAUUACUGGGGCUGCUGGCUUUAUCGCAUCCCAUGUUUGCAAUAGGCUCAUCCGUAACUACCCUGAUUACAGAAUCGUUGUCCUUGACAAGCUUGAUUAUUGUUCAAACCUGAAAAAUCUCCUUCCUUCUAAAUCAUCCCCCAACUUUAAGUUUGUCAAGGGUGACAUUGGCAGUGCUGAUCUUGUCAACUUCCUUCUCAUCACUGAAUCCAUUGACACAAUUAUGCACUUUGCUGCCCAGACACAUGUGGACAACUCCUUUGGUAACAGCUUUGAGUUUACCAAGAAUAAUAUCUAUGGUACCCACGUUCUUUUAGAAGCCUGCAAAGUCACUGGCCAGAUUAGGAGAUUCAUCCAUGUAAGUACAGAUGAAGUUUAUGGGGAGACAGAUGAGGAUGCUGUUGUAGGAAACCAUGAAGCUUCUCAACUCCUCCCAACAAAUCCAUACUCUGCAACAAAAGCUGGUGCAGAAAUGCUUGUUAUGGCGUAUGGUAGGUCAUAUGGGUUACCUGUUAUAACAACCCGUGGAAACAAUGUUUAUGGUCCCAAUCAGUUUCCUGAGAAAUUAAUUCCAAAGUUUAUCCUCUUGGCUAUGCAAGGGAAGCCUCUUCCAAUCCAUGGGGAUGGUUCCAAUGUGAGGAGUUAUUUAUAUUGUGAGGAUGUUGCUGAGGCUUUUGAAGUCAUCCUUCACAAAGGAGAGGUGGGCCAUGUUUACAAUAUUGGGACAAAGAAGGAAAGAACAGUGAUAGAUGUGGCUAAAGAUAUAUGCAAGCUUUUCUCAAUAGACCCUGAGACAAGCAUCAAGUUUGUAGAUAACAGGCCAUUCAAUGAUCAGAGGUACUUUCUUGAUGAUCAGAAGCUGAAGAACUUAGGAUGGUCGGAGCAAACUAUUUGGGAGGAGGGCUUGAAGAAGACUAUGGAGUGGUACAUUCAAAAUCCUGAUUGGUGGGGUGAUGUAACUGGGGCCUUGCUUCCUCAUCCAAGAAUGUUGAUGAUGCCUGGUGGGAGACACUUCGAUGGUUCUGAAGAGAACAAAUCUGCAUCUUAUGCUUCGAAUAAUUCUAAUCAGAGCCGAAUGGUCAUCCCAGUUUCUAGAACUAGCAGCAGUGGCUCCCCUCGAAAAUCCUCUCUUAAAUUCUUGAUCUAUGGCAGAACUGGAUGGAUUGGGGGUUUACUUGGGAAGUUGUGUGAGAAACAAGGGAUUCCUUUUGAAUAUGGAAGGGGGCGCUUGGAAGAUAGAUCAUCUCUUUUGUCAGAUAUUCAGAAUGUUAGGCCAACCCAUGUUUUUAAUGCUGCUGGGGUUACUGGUAGACCUAAUGUUGAUUGGUGUGAAUCCCACAAGACAGAAACAAUCCGCACCAAUGUCUCUGGAACUUUAACAUUAGCAGAUGUUUGCAGAGAGCAUAAUAUCCUGAUGAUGAAUUAUGCUACUGGCUGUAUAUUUGAGUAUGAUACUAAUCAUCCAGAGCAUUCUGGCAUUGGGUUUACUGAGGAAGACAAACCCAAUUUCACUGGUUCUUUUUAUUCUAAGACCAAGGCUAUGGUGGAGGAGUUAUUGAAAGAAUAUGACAAUGUGUGCACUCUCAGAGUUAGAAUGCCAAUAUCAUCAGACCUAAACAAUCCACGCAACUUCAUUACUAAGAUUUCUCGAUAUAACAAAGUGGUCAAUAUUCCAAACAGCAUGACUGUCUUGGAUGAGCUUCUACCUGUUUCAAUUGAGAUGGCUAAGCGGAACUUGAGGGGUAUAUGGAACUUCACAAACCCUGGCGUUGUGAGCCAUAAUGAGAUUUUGCAGAUGUACAAGAGUUAUAUUAACCCCAACUUUACAUGGGUUAACUUCACACUAGAGGAGCAAGCUAAGGUGAUUGUGGCACCACGAAGCAACAAUGAGAUGGAUGCAUCCAAGUUGAAGAAGGAGUUUCCGGAAUUGCUGUCAAUCAAGGAGUCCCUGAUCAAGUAUGUUUUUGAACCAAAUAAGAAAGUCUGAACUAAAGCAGCACCAUAGAUCUUAUGUUGCAUUACAAAUGCCUAUGAGUAUUGCUAGCGAUUCAAUUCUGCUAGUCAUUCAAUUUGGGUCAUCUCAUUUUUUCUACCAUGCUAGAAAGUGAAGUAUUAGGCAUGCUUCUUUUGGUUCUUUACCUGAGUUGUAUUUUAGUCUCCUAGUGUUCCAUUGCAGCUGCAAACUUGGAGUAGGUUCUAGAUAUGUGUAGUCAUCUGCAGCCUUGUGGGUGUCUUGAGUCGUAAAAUUUAGUAGAUAGUAGAUAGUUGUUUUAUUGUUUAAAUUCUUUGUUAAGCUUAGUGAAAUUGUACUUGCUUGAUGUCACAUACGAGUUAAAAGAAAAAUGAGAGAAUUUAAUUCUUUGACUUCCGAUUA